UUCACACAAAAAAUUCAAUCGGAUUCGACUUGUUGUCCCAAUUUCACUUUCCAAUCCCUAACCCUAGCUUAUCAAAAUCACAGUCCGAUCUCUAGCUUCGAUCAUGGCUUCCGAGGAGCCUACUAUAGCCGUUGAAGCUGCUCCAGUGGAGCCAAUUUCUGCUGAACCGGCGGAGGAGAAGCCUGCUGCCAAAGGAAAAGCUAAGAAAGCCAAGGAGCCUAAGCCGAAGAAGCCAGCGGCUCCAAGGAAGCCGAGGAGCCCUUCGUCUCAUCCGCCUUAUGAAGAGAUGAUCAAGGGUGCCAUUCUGACUCUGAAGGAGAAGACGGGUUCUAGUCAGUAUGCGAUCACUAAGGUCAUCGAGGAGAGGCACAAGCAGCUGCCUCCUAACUUCAAGAAGCUUUUGCUCUUCCAUUUGAAGAAGCUUGUUGGUUCUGGCAAGCUUACAAAGGUCAAGGGUUCAUUUAAGAUCCCAUCGGCUAAGGCUUCACCGAAGCCUGCGGUUGUUGCUGCACCGGCAAAGAAGAAGCCGGCUGUGAAGCCAAAGGCCAAGGUGGCCGUCUCUGCCAGGGUCGUUAAGGCAGUUUCCAAGGCUAAGGCGCCUGCGAAGACCAAAGCUGCUGCUAAGCCGAAGGCUGCUGUGAAGCCGAAGGCGGCUGCGAAGCCCAAGGCUGUUGCUAAACCUAAGGUUGCGGCUGCUAAGCCAAAGGCUUCUGCUGUUGCAAAACCAAAGGCGGCUGCUAAGCCAAAAACAGCUGCGCCUAGGCCAAAGCCGAAGGAAAGGCCCGCCAAGGUUACCAGGACUUCAACGAGGACCUCUCCUGGGAGGAGGGCGGCGGCUCCCAAGCGGAAUAUAACCCCGAAGAAGGCCGCUGCGCCCAAAAAGGCACCAGCUAAGAGUGCAAAAGUCAAGACGGUGAAGUCUCCUGCGAAGAAGGCCACAACAACUCGGAGGGGAAGAAGUAAUCGCUAAUAGAGAGAGUAGUGCUCCUAGGGGUAGUCUUUGUAAAUUCGGCGAUCUUUUGGGUGUAUUUAGUUUAUCUAUACCCAUCAAAACAUCAUAUCAGAACUUCAGCAUCCCCAAGCCUCUACAGCUAUAGUAAUAGGUUCAUUUACUUGUCUUCUUUUUUAAUUUUGUCCCCCUUCUCUUAUCGAUAUUUGAAUAGUAUUGUAGAUAUAUGUUGAGGUUGAAUGGAUUAUGAGAUGAGUUAGAUCAUAGAGGUUGUUUCAAAUUCC